AUGCAAUCCUACUCGAAUCGCAUUUGUGCCGUGUGCGGCGAUACUCCGGCCAAGGUGAGUGCCUAAAUGGAUUUCAAAACGAUAUAUCUGAACUGUCAGUUGAGAUAUCAAAAUUUUGUCAACUAAUCAAAUGCUCAUUAAGAAGUCGUGCACAUUUUAUCAGUUGACACUUUUUUGAUAUCUUUACCGGCUGCUGAGAUACAUCGACUUGAAUGGACAUGAUAUUUAUUGACUGACAGCCAUCAGUUUUAAUUCCACAGAUCCAUUACGGAGUGCUCGCCUGUUUCGGCUGCAAAGGCUUUUUUCGAAGGGCCGUGAAGGACGGAAGGAACAAGUACGUGUGCCGAUUCGACAAGAACUGCGAGGUCAACAAAUGUACGUUACCACUGGCCUUUUAUAGUCCUCAAACAGGCCGACAAAGUCUUCGAUUUGAAGCAGACUUGCAACGGGCCGGGCCGGGCCAAAAUUGGAAAUUUUCCGGCCCGGCCCGGCCCGGGAGGAUGCACCUAAAAAUUCAAAGCGAACUAGAACUUCGAAACGAACAUAAUUUUAUAGACUUAAGACCAGCAGAAAUAGAAAAAAAGACGAAAAAGGCAAUGUUAUAGCAUAAAAACCUGUUAAAAAAUAGAAAUUGCUGUUUAAAGUCGCAAAAUUUUCACAAAAAUUACGAAAAUUUUCUCAAGAGUGGGCUUCCGGGCCGACGAUUUGCUGGCCCGGCCCGCCGGGCCGGCCCGGGAUUUGGCAAGUCUGAUUUGAAGAACAAAUUACAACUGAACUUUUAUUUUAAAAAAACAGUUUCAGUCCGGGUUUAUGUGAAUAUCUUCAAUGACUUUUCUCAUUGCUAUUAUAACACAUUCAACUACUCAGUUUGUGUCCGAUCCCAUCGGACUUUUUACCGAGGUCCCAAAUUGGAUAAUAGCAACUUUCAUGCUUUCAGUCGAGCGAAAUGCGUGCAGAUAUUGUCGGUUCAGAAAGUGUCUACUGGUCGGAAUGAAUCCUGAUUGUGAGUUUUUCAAAUUAUCAGUAGCACUAGUGAAAAGCCUUCCUGCAAAUUAAUAGAUUGAUUUCGAGAAUGCAAAGAAAUGAAUAUUGUGAAUCCGAAAAGUUUCGAAACAUUCUGCUAACAAAAAGAUACUUCAGAUGUGCGUCCGGACCGCGAGAAAAGCAAGAAGGGCAAAGCGGUGCUGUCAAAGAAGAAGAGUCUGCAACGGAGCAUCUCGAACCGUCUGGUGGUGGAUCCGUCCGACUGGACCUCCCUGCUUUCGCCCUCCUCCCGCAAACAGCUCGCUGAGAUCGGGAAGCUCGCGGAGCAGAGUCAGCCGUGCUCAUCGGCCCAUUUUGACGGAAUCGGCAACUUCUCGCUCAAGAGUCUCAUCGCCGACCGAUCCCUGGCCCGAAAGACGGGCGACUCGGCACCCAUGCACUGCUCCGAAUCGCCGAGAUCCAGCAGUGAGCAGUUUCUGUCGAUCGAGCGCAUCGUGCAGUCUGUCGAUUACAUCGAUCGCUUCUUGAACAUGCUGGAGGAGGAACACUGCAGAAAGUUCAGUGUCGAGGACAAGGUGAGACCGUUCAAAAGCACCCCGUAUCCCUCACAAUUAUGACUCCUUAUUGCAUAUGCCACUACUACUAAAAUCCGAAAUUUCGAAAUAUCAGAAAAAGUGUGGAGUUGUAGGAGUUCAGGGAGUGGAUGAAACCGUAAAGUGUCACUGGGUUCUUUCUAUCAUUCUCGAGUUUUCCAAAAUUGUUAAAACCUGAUUAAUUCAAACACUCUACAUCUUUUUAUACGUGUUUGCGGUGAAACCGAACUUUUGUGAGUGAGACUGUUUCCCGAUGGACAUUUAGUUGUUUUAUGCUCAUUCGCAAUGUUUCAGUGUGCUCUCAUCAGCAACACAAUGAUCCAUUUGCUCCUUUUCGAGUCCACGUCUCGGUUUGUGGCGAAAGGCGCGUCUGGAGUGGAAGACCUCAAACAGUGCAUUCAUCAGUUGCCAGUGUGAGUUUCACCGUUUCUCAUUUAUCAAUCCAGAAUGUAUCUUUCAGAUGUGCCACCCAUUUGACUCAAAAGAUCGCCGACGUCUUCGAGAUUUACCUUCGGAAGCCGCCCUCGAUCAUCGAGUAUUCGGUGCUCAAAGCCUAUAUUGUCGCUACUGCAGGUACUGUUUCAACAUCCUCAUAAGACUUAUAAAUGUUCAUCCGAACCUUAAUAGAACGCUCAAGAACAGCAAUCGGUUCUUUUUGCAGAAAGCACGCUGCUGUCGAACGCACUGAACGAGAGUCUGUCGAUUGCCCGCGAGAACAUGUCCGAACUGCUGUUCAAAGUGAUCAAAUACAGUCGGAACAGGGCGUCCGUCUCGUCUGCCAACACUCUGUCCGCACUUCUUCACUUUACCUACGAGUCGAGGGUGAGUCCGAUGAAAUGCAGCUGACUUUGGAUGUACUGAAGUUUCUCAUAAGUGACUUCAGGUCUUGCACGGUCUCCAGAGCUGAUAAUGGGCGCGCAAGUGCGCCCCGCCCAAUAGAGCGCCAUUUGGCCGAGGCCGUCACGCCCAUAUUGUCAGCUCUGGAGACCGUGUCUUGUGUGGUUUUUAAAGCAGUAAUUCUUCAUGUCAAAGUGGUCCCGUUUUGCAGAGUCUCGCCUCGCAACUCCACCAGAGCCAACAGCCGGCGUUCCUGCGUGACUCCACCACGAACGUGCCGUUCCACAAGAUCCUCGUGGACAUCAUCAACCCGGAAGUGUCGGACCUGCUGCUCACGACCGCCAACUGCCGCAAGCCGUCCGCGGCGCCCUCGGUCCCCGUUCCGCCUCAAGCCGCAUCCCUUCAGGAGACCAAACCGCUUUUCCACUUCUCGCCGCCCUCGUUGAGUCCCCUGCCGCCGCCGCAGUACUCGGACUAUCCGGCUCCGUAUCCGACCACCUCCUCCACCUUCGUUCCGUCCCCGUACCGCCCGAAUUCGUUGUCUUCGUUCCCGAAACUUCCACUCGAGAUGACCAAAUCGAUUGAGGAGUUUCUGAGGCCUUCCGGAAUGAGUGCCGACGAGAUGAACAAGCCGUUGGAGAAGAACUGGGCCGACGGAUUCCGACUCACGCCCGUUUUUAACAAAGACAUCGUCUCGCAGUUCUUCCCCGAACUCUCCAAUACCAAUACACAUCAUCAGUACUAG